AGAGGAGCAGUCUGCUGUAUCUGUGAUCUACAAUGAAUGCCAAAUCUGCAAUCAGCAAAGAAAUUUUUGCCCCACAUGAUGAAAGGAUGCUGGGAGCUGUCCAAGUGAAAAGAAGAACAAAAAAAAAGAUUCCUUUCCUAGCUACUGGGGGUCAGGGUGAAUAUUUAACAUACAUCUGCCUGUCAGUGACGAACAAGAAACCAGCUCAAGCAUCUAUUACAAAGGUGAAGCAAUUUGAAGGCUCUACGUCUUUUGUCAGGAGAACGCAGUGGAUGCUCGAGCAACUUCGCCAGGUCAAUGGUAUAGACCCUAAUCGGGAUUCCCCAGAAUUUGAUUUACUAUUUGAAAAUGCUUUUGACCAAUGGGUAGCAAGCACAGCUUCAGAAAAAUGCACGUUCUUUCAGGUUCUACAUCACACUUGUCAGCGAUACCUUACAGACAAGAAGCCAGAAUUUAUCAACUGCCAGUCUAAAAUUAUGGGAGGAAACAGCAUACUCCAUUCAGCAGCAGACAGUGUGACAAGUGCAGUACAGAAGGCAAGUCAGGCCUUGAAUGAGCGUGGUGAAAGGCUAGGUCGAGCAGAAGAAAAGACAGAGGAGCUGAAAAACAGUGCUCAGCAGUUUGCAGAAACUGCACACAAGCUCGCCAUGAAGCACAAAUGCUGAGAUACUGUCCAAAGUUGAAAUCUUCCCGAGAGAAACUGAAAAGGCUACAUUCAGCAACUUUUACAGGAGAUCCAGACUUCUGUGUGCUUUUUCCUUCCAGUUCAGUGGAGAUGCAUUCUUUCAGUUUCUGUGCAGGAAAAAGUGUUGCAUUUCUACCUUUUCAACUUACUUUUGUUCCCCCUUUGUAAUAUUGCUACACAGUCCUGCAGUACUUCCUACCUGUAUUUCAGUUGUUACAGGAGUGAAAGCAAACAGGGGAACUGGACCAAAUGACAAGCUGAUCAGGAUUAAAAUAGUAAUAUUUCUUCCCCAGUUGUACAGAAAAUUAUUUAACUGGUUGUGGACGUAUGUAUGGAAAUAAAAUCCAAAGAAAGGGUAUACUUUUCCUCAUUUUAUGUAGCAUCAGCAGAAUGUGAAUGUUGGAAUUAAACACCUGGGUUUAUAACUAUAGUGGAGAACAGACUGCUUUGUCUGAGGAAACAGAAAACCUUGUUUCUUCUGCCCAAUGUAGGAAAUUUUGCAUGUGCCAUCACCAGCAUUCAGAAGUGCAUAUCUGAGUUUCAUAGGGGAAUCUGUUACCAGUGCUGCAUUUUGAAUAUUCCUGUUUUCCCUUCUGGAUUGAUUAUUUGAAUAGUAUAAUGAAACCUACAGAAUGUAUGCUUGAGGUUUC